UAUCCUAUUAGAUUCUUCUGAAAAAACUGCUUUAAAUACCUUGCUCAGUUACUCUUCACCAAGAAAAGGAAACGAACAGCGAAAAUCAAGGCAAAGCGAAGAGAAGAGAAUUAUUAACCAAUAAAGCAAACCACAACGACUAUGUCCUGUGCCGUUGCAGUGGUAAGCUCUCCUGUCUUCUCGCCAUCCAGGGUUUCAUCCCUCUUCUGCAAAAUCACAGCCUCGUCGCCCGAACCCUUGAGUCUCACCUUAAACCAUCAUGGGUUAUCGUCGUCCUGUUGUGGUUCUCCUUCGUCGUCUUCUCCGCCUUCGCCUUUCAGGAUUCGGCUUCAUAAAUCAUUGAGUGGUUUGAGGUCGUGCAAGGAAGGCCGUGUUGGUGUUGAUUCGACUUCUUCUUCUUCUUCUUCUCCUCCUCCUCCUUCUUCGUCUUCGUCCUCUAUUUUUAAACGAAAGAGACCGGCCAAGCUCGAUAUUCCAGUUACUUCUUUGAGCUUCGCUGCGGCGACGGAUGGGAGGAAGGAGGUUGAGGUUGAGGGAGAUGGAUUCUCUGUUUAUUGCAAGAAAGGGAGGAGGGAGGCCAUGGAGGACCGAUAUUCUGCUGUCGUCAAUCUUCAAGGAGAUUCCAAACAGGCAUUCUUUGGUGUUUUUGAUGGGCAUGGAGGUACAAAAGCUGCUGCAUAUGCAUCAGAGAAUAUUGAUAAGAACAUUAUGGACGAGUUGAUGAGAAGAGGAGAAGAUGAAAUUGAAGAUGCAGUUAAAUAUGGGUACCUGACCACAGACUCAGAUUUUCUCAAAGAGGACGCUUAUGGUGGAGCUUGUUGUGUAACAGCGGUGAUCAGGAAAGGUGAUCUAGUAGUGUCUAAUGCGGGAGAUUGUCGUGCUGUUAUUAGCAGAGAAGGAAUUGCUGAAGCCCUCACAUCUGACCACCGACCUUCAAGGGAAGAUGAGAAGGACAGGAUUGAGACCCUGGGUGGUUACGUUGAUUGCUGCCAUGGGGUAUGGAGAUUACAGGGUUCUCUCGCUGUAUCCAGAGCAAUAGGAGAUAGACACCUCAAGAAAUGGGUCAUUGCAGAGCCCGAAACUAAAAUCCUAAAAAUUAGACCUGAAUGCGAGUUCUUAAUCCUAGCCUCUGACGGGCUAUGGGAUAAGGUCAGUAAUCAGGAGGCAGUAGAUUUAAUUCGUCCAUUUUGCAUGGACACCCAAAAGCUGAAACUUUUGUCCGCAUGUAAAAGGCUUGUAGAGUUGUCUGUUAUGAGAGGUUCCACUGACGACGUUAGUGUAAUGGUAGUUCCAUUGGGUCGUUUUAUUUGAUAUAGAUUUGUUUCUAGAGAAGAGCUCCUUCAAAACAAAUAGGCUACGGAGACCUGAUUCUGGCCUGCCAGUGUUUUUACAAAGGAACUUGCUCGUGUAGAAAGCUAAAAAGUUAGGCUUAUUGAAAGGCCAUAGAUGGUGAUUGUUGUGGCAAACUGGCUUUGCUUGAGAUAUAACAGCAUAGCAGCAAAACAAAGAUGGUCUACACUUGUAGCAGAAGACCCCUGACUUAUAUUAUUAAUAGAUAUCUAACUACAAUUUUAUUAUUUGAACCUCCAAUGUGGAGAAUAAAGAAAAGAGCCCAUUCUUGUAAUUAUUUAUCCAUUCCUCUGAUGUAUUUCCUAUAAAUUUUAAUUAGUCUAUAAAUUAAAUUCCUUAUUAUCUUUAUGCAUC